AUGGCGAAACCCAAAUUUGAACAGUCGGGAUUUACAGCCAUGGGCAAAGUCGGGUGCUUGACAUGCUGCGCCGGCUUCUCGGUCGUUGGGAUGGUCUACCUCACCAUCAUCGCCAUCCUCCUGAGCGCGCAGCCCGAGUACAUUCGCGGCUACCACCACAAGAAGGCGCCGACGGCCAAGAACUCGUGCAUGUACGCAGCGCUUCUGUACGGCCUCACGUUUGCGGGCUCGUACUACCUCUUGCGCAAGCACCAAGAAGAAGCCGCCUUGCGCUACGGCGUCGUGACGACCGACGAUGAGCUGGAGCGCCUCAAGCUCGACGCGGACGACGACAACGACUUGCGCGAAAUCAAGCCGUCGAGCUCGGUCCUCGGCGCAAUCAAGAGCCAGAUUAUGAACGCCAAGGUCAUGCACAGCGACGAGAUGGUGAGCCUCGUCAAGGGCGAAGGCAGUCCACGUGGCGGGAAGCGGCCCAAGCCGCGUAAAGCCGAAUAGCCUAGCGCAUCAACGCAGAUAUUGCAUUUUACACUCC